AUGAGCAUUGAAUUUGUGGGAAGUCCAUACGCACAGUGCGGAUGGAUCCCUCUCUGUCAGUUGGACGUGUGUACGGAACCCCCGGGACGGAGCUGGCAGGAGUACGAAUAUCAGCUGCUCCGAUUACCAAUCGCGAACCAAUUCAAGAUAGAUCAACUGCGCCGGUGGUUGGCAGACAGCGACGCUGGAGAAGAGCAGUACGUCAAGCGCCGUGAACGGUCAUUCGAGGAAUUCCGCGCCUUGAUUGAUGAGCGUCGAUUCAGAGUCGUCGACACCCAGUCUGGAGAGAUCAUCGAAGCUACGGAGAUGGUAUCAUACGUCGCUGUCUCCUAUGUAUGGGGCAAGAAAGAAAGAGCUACGAACGCGUUCGUCUUGGCUCAUGAUGAUGGAAAAAGGAUGGUUGACUUCCAAAAUACGCCGGCCACUUUGCGUGAUGCCAUUCAUUUAGUGUCGCAGCUCAACCUACAAUACAUCUGGAUCGACCAGUUAUGUGUAACCCAAGAUGAUCCUGACGACAAGGUGGCCAAUAUCAGGAAGAUGGGAGUCAUCUACAGUAUGGCGACCUUCACCCUGGUGGCCGCUACCGGCUUUGACGCUGAAGCGGGUCUUACGCGGUUACAUAAUCGUCAAAGACCGCAUGAAAUGGAGCUUACAGCCAAACAUCAAGGGAAGUCGAUAUCUUUCCUACCUGAAAGAGAGACGAUCGACCAAAUCGUGCAGGGGACAACCUGGGCAAAGCGAGGUUGGACCUUCCAGGAGCAGUUUCUAUCCACCCGCCGCAUCAUCUUCACAGAUGAAGAGGUCUUCUAUCAAGACGGCAUCCGUGAGGAGCGCGAAGCCUACAAACUCGUAAAGACACGUCCCGACAGCCCUGAACGGGAGAAGAUCACGAUGCCCAAAGCGUGGACCUUUCAAAGUUAUUUUUGCUCGAAUGCACGCUAG